AUGGUGGAUGUGUGGAAGUAUCCCGCAGUGGGGUGUCUCAAUCAAGUCCAACAGCCAAACUUGAAAAGCUGUCCACCUACGCCAGAUGCGAAGUCUCAAAGGUCAAGAGCUGCUCAGUUUGGCAAACCGCCCAUUCCUACUGUCGGGGGUCAGCGUGCAACUCCUUCGCAAGAAUGCUCACCCGCUAGAGGUCAUGCUAAUCAAUAUAGAACUAAUAUUGAAGGAAGCUCAUCUUCCGGAGGAUCACAAUGCCCACCUGCGUUCCACUCUAAUCCGUCUUUGCCCAUGAUUUCCACUGGGACCAACAUGCAAGCGGCUUUGCCUCCAAGAGGUCCACAGUAUCUAUCGGAAGUGCGUUCUCAGGGGUGCUCACCUUCCCGAGGUCCGGUUAGUCAAACUGGAGCUCGUUCCGAAUUGCCCUCAUCCUUCAGAGGUCCACAUUUUCCUCCGGGAUUCUGCACCUCUUCAACUUCAUCUAUGGAUUCACCAGAGAAUAAUAUUCAAGGCUCUUUACCUUCGCGGGGACCCAAAAAUCAAAUAAGAGCUCAUUCUGAAGAACGCUCUCCUAUGAGACAACAGUAUCUACCGGGAUUCGGUGCCUCUCCAGCUCUACCCAUGAAACCAACUACAGGUUUUAGUUAUGGUUUUGCACCUCCAAGGGGUCCCCAGUAUCUAGCUGCAGGGCGUUCUCAGGGAUUUUCGCCUUCCAAAGGCCCUGCAAAUCAAAGUGAGCCUGGUUUUGGAGCAUACUCAUCUGAGGGACCGCAAUACCCACCUGCGUUCCGUGCGAAUCCGACUUUACCCAUAAUUUCCGCCUUAAUCAACGCGCAAGGCUCUUCGUCUUUAAGAAGUCAAUAUGGAGUGCGUUCUCAGGGGUGCUCAUCUUGCAGAGGUCCUGUUAAUCAAACUGGAACUUGCUCAAAGCUGUCUCCAUCUUCUAAAGGUCCACAAUAUGUCCCAGGAUUUCAGGUGCCUUCAUCUCUACCUAUAAACCCAAUUGCAGCUAAUAGGCAAGGCUCCUUGCCCCCAAGAGAUCUCCUGAAUCAAAUGCGAGCUCAGUCUGAAGGACGCCCUCCAGUGCAUCAACAGUGCACACCAGGAUUCAGUGCCGCCCCGACUCUAUCCAUGAAGCCGACUGGAGCUUCUACGCAAGGUUAUUUACCUCCAAGGGGUUUUGUGAAUCAAUCCUAUCCACCCUAUCAAAGUCUUCAGAAUGUAAACGCUGUUGACUACUCCACCUGUACUGCUCUAGAAGGUCUUCCAGACACAAUCGGAGUUAAAACGCCAGAAUUCCCAUCCCUCAGAAGUCCAUGUCCUCUUAUUCAGGCUGGUCAGAGUACUUCAUGUAAUCGGCCUCACCAACGUUACGGAUUGCCGAUCUUUUUCCACGACCUCAUUGUUCAACCUUCCAAUGUUGUGGAACAGGCCCGCACCGACGCUUUCGAGUGUCCGCCUUCCAACGAGCUAGCGGCUCAAAAUCUAGCCACUGAUCAACCUUGCCCACCGCAAAGUGAUGCCCAAGAUGAAAAUGUGUGUCCCUCUGCUCAUCCCGAAUGUGAGCAACAGCCCUGCUCACCGCCGAGUUGCUCCAAAGAUGCAGAUGUGCCUACAUCUACUCACUCCGAAAAUGAGCGACAACCUUGCCAAUCGUCGGGUGGUUUUCAGGAUGAAAAUGUGUCUCCCCCCGCCCAACCAGACCACCAGCAACAACCUUACCCACCAUUCAUUGCUCCCCAACCUGCAAAUGUGUGCCCCUCUCCUCAAGCGGAACGUCAGCAACAGCCUUGUAUACCGUCCAGGGGGGCCCAGUCUGCAAAUGUGUCGCCCUUUACUCGAGGCAACUAUCAACAACAAGCUUGUCCACCACCAAGGGGUGCCCAGUCUGCAAAUGCAACUCUUUCUACUCUACCCAACUAUCAACAACAACAGCAACAACCUUGUCUAUCGUCGGGUGUUUCCCAGGAUGCAAAUGUGUGUCACUCUGCUCAAACGGAGCACCAGCAACAACCUUGCCCACCGCCGUGUGAUCCCCAGUCUGCAAAUGUGCCUCCCUCUGCUCAACCCGAUUGUCAGGAGCAAGCAGAACCAUUUGAUUUAGGUGUAUUGGAAUCUGUUGCACCAACUUGCCCAUAUUUCAAUUCUGAUAUACAUCGAGAUGCAAUGCUUUAUCAAGCGCGGCGAUCGGCUAAUGCUUUCCAGAACCCAGGUAGACCUCCUGCAAGUAGUCGUCGACGAGGCGAGACACUUGCACAGUCUUUUCAACCCACUAGAUAUGGCCAGAAGGCGCGUAAUCAAAGUGCUCAAUCGUGUCCACCAGCGGAAAAGGCGAGGUCACGCGACAAUGUAAUGAAAGAGCCUAUCCAGCCCAGUAAGUGUGGCCAGAAAACACGAGAUCCUAGUGCUCAGUCGCGUCUGCCCCCAACAGAGAUGUGGCCACGAGGCAAUGUAAUAAGGGGGCCGACUCAGCCUACUGAGUUUGGCCAGAAGGCACGUGAUUCAAGUGCUCAAUCGUGUCCACCGCCAACAGAGAUGUGGCCACGUGGCAAUGUGAUAAAAGGGCUUUACCAGACCACCGGAUUUAACCACAACGCACGUGAUCCUAGCGUUCAGUCGUGUCCACCACCGGAAACUAUAUGGAAACCAGACGAGACACCAUUAUCCUGUAAUCAAAGCACUGGAGGAUGCCCGAAUUUAAAAGGAAUUAGUGAUCAGUCGUAUCUUCCUUCCAGAGAUUUCCAUAAUGCUGUUGGAGUAAAUGAUCUAGAGUGUCAACCUUCAGGUGGAACUUGGAAUCAGACCGGCAACAUUGGCCAAUAUGGCCCACCUUAUCAGAGACCUGACAAUCAAAAGUGGCCACCGAUAAUGGAAACUUGGAUUCCAUCCCGUGAUUCAAAUACAUGUAGUCAAUUUGUUCCACCCGGAGGUCAACCAUAUGCAAUGGAUGAAGGUUCACGACAAUACCCACAUUUUACAGGUCCUGCAAAUCCCACCGGAGCUUAUGCUCAGUGUAAUGUACUGCCUGGGGCCAACCAAAACCUAGAACAAAAAAUUGGCAACCCUCCUCAAGCAGUGGGUCCGGCUGCUUGGAACAAACAAUGUUUGGUCUUUGGUCCACAUUUGGGUUCUGGCAACUCGUUCAAUUGCAACACCUCUAGCGUUGAAACCGAUACAGGUGUAGUCGGGCACCGUCCACGGUCUCUAAGACGUGCAUCCAGAUCCUUGAAUUGCGUAUCAUCGACUUGA